AUGUCUUCCAUUAGCAGAGCUCUCUUCAUCCUCACAUUGCUCUACUUCUCCUCACUCUUCGCUUUCGCAGUGGACGAAGCAGCUAAUUAUGUUUCCGAGCUUUCUUUCGAAUACUACAAAGGCUUUUGCCCUCACGCGGAAGACAUCAUCGGAGAGCAAGUCCGGCUUCUCUACAAUCGCCACCACGCGCACACUGCUUUCUCCUGGCUCACAGACAUCUUCCAUCAUUGCGUUGUCGAGUCAUGUGAUGCAUUACUCUUGCUUGACUCGACGAGGAGGGAGAUGUUCGAGAAGGAAGCAUAUGAGAUGAGGAGUUUUAGGUACGUCGAGACCAUUAUCCGAGAAGCUAUUGAGAGGGAUUGUCCCGAUGGUCCGUGA